CAAUCACCCGACUGCCCAAGGCGAGGUUAUGACAAAUGGGAUGUUCCGUUGCCUCAUGAACGGCUGCGGUACGGCUAUCAAGAAUGAACAUAGAAAUAUUCAAUCGCAUCUCGACAAGCACAAUCCAAAUUCGAAGUACAGACUGAAGCAAGAAUAUAAGCCGCGACUCUGUGGAGUUUGCGGCAAGUCAACUACUAGUUGCAACAAUCUAAUCAAGCAUGUACGAGACCAGCACGGUGUCAGAGGAAGCACCACUGCCAUCCAGGAACAAUAUGCAACGACCCAGGAUGGAGAUGUGAUCAACGUGACAGUCGUUCAAGAUGAAACUGGAUAAGGAGUUAAAAGUCUUUCGCAUGGAGGUAUUAGGGCGUUGGGACCGUGGGGUUAUUAUGGAAAAAGAUACGUAUUAUGAGUUUAUGGGCCUGUGAAUUUUCCGAGGUUAUGAGUUACACGAUUCAACGUUAGCUAGAAAGAUAGUACUAAAGUGAGUACUACAAGACGGUAACGUCUUACAAUAUUCG